AUGACCAUUUACCGAGGCAAACCCGGUGCAGAAUUCAAGGAGAAGAAUGACGGAAUCUACGAAACAAAAGAAUCAGCCUCUUGCCCUAACUUGCCGCCUGCUGAAAAUGUGGUGUCUGGGGACGGUUCUGUUCGUCGUGGACUCGAGCAGAGACACAUCUCCAUGAUCGCUAUUGGUGGUACCAUCGGCACGGGGCUCUUUUUGGGUAUGGGAGAGGCGCUUCAUAAAGGUGGGCCCGUAGGUCUGGUACUUGGGUACAUUGUAAUGGGCUUUGUAGUUUAUUCUAUGACGGUUGCAUUGGGAGAAAUGGUCACAAUGUUUCCGAUCUCAGGAUCAUUCACACAUUAUCCUUGCCGGUUUGUCGACCCUGCUUUGGGUUUUGCUGUCGGAUGGAACUACUGGUAUUCGAUGACGAUUGCUGUGCCCAGUGAAAUUAUUGCGGCUGCGAUAGUGAUGAACUAUUGGCAUAUUCCAGUCCAUACUGUUGUAUGGUUGAUAUUUUUUACUGUUACGUGCUGUGGUCUCAACUUCUUCGGAGUCAAGUGGUAUGGAGAGUCGAUGCGUUUCAUAGCCGCUCUGAAGGUGACAGCUGUCGUGGUCCUGAUCAUUGUCGGAAUUGUGAUUGACCUGGGUGGUGCUGGUCAGGAUAGGAUAGGAUUCAGAAAUUUCAUUACCCCUGGACCAUUCAGACAGCUGAAUGGUAUACCAGGACCGGGUGGUCGUUUCUUAGCAUUCUGGACCGUAUUCAUCCAAGCGAGUUACUCAUUCUUAGGGACUGAGAUGGUUGCAAUCACUGCUGGGGAAGCAGCAAACCCAAGGAAGACUGUUCCUAAGGCCGUGACGCGUGUAUUCUACCGUAUUCUCGUGUUCUACAUUGGUAGCACAACAAUCGUUGGUCUACUAGUUCCAUCCAACCACCCGGAUCUAUUGGGUGGCACAGGCGAUGCGACCUCUUCACCCUUUGUCAUUGCAAUCAAAGGAGCUGGUAUCCGUGUACUUCCCGAUCUUAUCAACGUUGUCAUACUUGUGUCGGCAUUCUCCACAGGAAGUUCGAAGCUAUAUGGAGGCAGUCGUGUUUUGUUUGGCUUGGCAAAGGAUGGAAUGGCACCCCGGAUCUUUGGGCGAUGCACGAAGGCUGGAUUACCAAUUUGGGCGCUUGUUGCCACUUGCUCAGUCUCACUUCUCUCGUUCAUGAGUCUUGAUCAGAAGUCUAGCGUAGUCUUCAAUUGGUUCCAGAACCUUUCCGCCAUGACCGGUCUUCUCACGUGGUGGAGUGUACUGGUGUCGUAUCUUUUCUUUUACAAUGGACUCAAAAAUCAAGGCUUUAAUCGAAACGACCUACAUUACAAGGCACCUUUUCAACCAUAUAUGUCUUACUUUGGCUUGAUCAUGAUCUCAUUGAUCAUUCUCUUGUGUGGAUUUGAUAUCUUCUUACAUGGAAACUGGUCUCUAUCAGAGUUUCUUGCGGAUUACCUCACUCUUCCUAUCUUCGUAGCCUUUUUCCUCUACUGGAAAAUUGCAAAACGCACAAAGAGGAUCAAAUCUAGGGAGAUUGACUUUGUGACUGGCACUAGAGAGCUUGACGAGAUGGAUGCGGAAGAAAGAUUAAAAGCUUUUGUUCCUGUAACCAAGUGGGAUAAGUUUAUAGAUUGGGUAAGUCAACAUUUUGAAAUCUUUUUCAUCAUCUUAAAUGACUUACAUAGUCGUAUUGACUCAUUUUUCUCCUUUUGCCUCGGAUGA